UUCAGCGGCGGCUGCAGCAGAAGCAGGGACCAGAGGGAGCCAGAGGAGGAGGAGGAGGACAAGGAGGCUGACAGCCGAGGGAGAGCCCUUCUUCCCUUCCAGAGGGAGACCAGUGUCCGGGCCAUGACCCCCAAGUGGGGCCCGGGAUAAGAGAAGCCCCCUCCGCCAUUCCCGGCCCCUUCCUUCCCUGCUGGGCGCUGUCCGACUGGGCUUCCCUCCUCCUCCUCCUCCUCUUCCUCCUCCUCCUCCUCCUUCCUCGCCUUAUGGUGCCCGCCAAGGAUGGCGAAGAGGCCGCGCAGUGAGGAAGAUGAUGAAGACCUUCACUACGCAGAUCACGAUUAUGAAGUGCCACAACAAAAAGGGACAAAGAAGAUUUGUAAUAGAGUAAAAUGGACACGUGAUGAGGAUGAAAAACUGAAGAAACUAGUAGAACAGCAUGGGACAAUUGACUGGGCAUUUAUUGCUAGUCAUCUACAAAAUCGUUCAGAUUUUCAGUGUCAGCAUCGAUGGCAGAAAGUCCUAAAUCCAGAGCUUAUUAAAGGUCCCUGGACUAAGGAGGAAGAUCAGAGGGUUAUUGAACUUGUUCAGAAAUAUGGUCCAAAGCGCUGGUCUUUAAUUGCAAAGCAUUUAAAAGGUAGAAUAGGAAAACAAUGUCGAGAGCGAUGGCACAAUCACCUUAAUCCUGAAGUAAAGAAAUCUUCAUGGACGGAAGAAGAGGACAGAGUCAUCUAUGAAGCUCACAAGCGUUUGGGAAAUCGGUGGGCUGAAAUUGCAAAAUUGCUUCCUGGAAGGACUGACAAUUCAAUUAAAAAUCAUUGGAACUCUACCAUGAGAAGAAAAGUUGAACAAGAAGGAUAUUUACAAGAUGGAAUCAAGAUUGAGCGACCUUGUUUAUCAAAAAUUUCACACAAAACAUGUACAUCUACGGACCAUCUUCAUGCCCCAAAUCAGUUUUAUAUACCUGUUCAGGUGCAUAUCCCAGGAUAUCAAUAUGUGUCAACAGAAGGCAACUGCGUAGACCAUAUCUCAGCCUCUUCAGACUUCAUUCAGCAGUCAUUUGAUGAUGAUCCUGACAAAGAGAAAAAAAUAAAAGAACUUGAGCUGCUACUUAUGUCAGCUGAGAAUGAAAUCAGAAGAAAGAGAGUCUCAUCUCAAGGUGGAAAUUUUUCUAAUUGGUCUGGAAGUUUCAUUAUGGAAGACAACAUAUCAAAUACCCUAAAUUGCCUUGGGGAGCAAACAAAUGCCUUUUACAAUCUGGAGGAUGGACAGGCUGCAACAGUUCAGCAAAACUCACCUACCAAAUAUUUGGCUGUGGAGGCAAAUGCAGUGUUGUCAUCUCUACAGACGAUUCCUGAAUUUGCAGAGACACUAGAACUUAUUGAAUCUGAUCCUGUAGCAUGGAGUGAUGUCACCAGCUUUGACCUCACUGAUGUAGCUACAUCUCCUGUCACUCAAGCACCAAUGAAACUAAUGCGGAUUCAACACAAUGAUGGGGCCAUGGAGUGCCAAUUUAAUGUAAGUGUGGUACUUGAUAGCAAAAAAAACAGUGAAGAAGAAGAAUCAACAUCUCCAAAUGCAGCCAAGUUCAGUUCUCCUCCCACGAUUUUGCGCAAAAAAAAGAAACUCAGACCUGGACAGUCACCAGUUGGUGAACAGCAUGACGUUUUGUAUAGUACCACUUCCAAUACUGCAUUAAAACAAACACCAGUGAAAACACUACCCUUUUCUCCAUCACAGUUCUUCAACACCUGUUCCGGAAAUGACCAAUUUAACCUUGAAAACCCUGCAUUUACAUCAACUCCAGUUUGUGGCCAAAAAGUUCUUAUUACACCUUUGCAUAACAAAGAAGUGACACCCAAAGACCAAAAGGAAAAUGCAGGUUUUAGGACACCUACUAUUAGAAGAUCUUUACUAGGAACUACACCAAGAACGCCUACUCCAUUCAAGAAUGCUUUAGCUGCCCAGGAAAAAAAGUAUGGUCCUUUGAAAAUGGUGUGUCAGCCACAUGCCUAUUUGGAGGAAGAUAUUAGAGAGGUUUUAAAGGAAGAAACUGGAACAGAUAUAUUCUUCAAGGAAGAGGAAGAUUCUGUCUAUAGGGGUUGCAAAUUGGAGAAUCCUUCUGCAAAGAAAGUCAGAAAAUCAUUGGUCUUGGAUCCCUGGGAAAAAGAAGAGCUUGGUGCCCACUUUUUCACAGAAGACAAUGUUUCAGAUAUACAGUCAGAAAAUAUCUAUACAACAUCACUCCUAAUGAUACCAUUAUUGGAAAUACAUGACAAUAGAGGCAAUAUGACUCCAGAGAAACAGGAUUCCAAUUCUACAAAGUUCAAUAUAGCAGUGAAAAAAAAGCUAAAUGCUUGCACUUCAAAAAAUGUCAAAACAGAAAAAACACUUCAGGCAAAUUGUGAAUGGGAAGCUGUUGUUUUUGGGAAGACAGAAGAUCAGCUUAUUAUGACUGAGCAAGCAAGACGAUACCUGAGCACCUAUAUGGCUACUGGCAGCACUUCAAGGGCUCUGAUUUUGUGAUUGCUUCAAAAUGUCUCAAAAUGGACUUCAUGCUGAAAUGUUCAUUUCAGUAAUAUAUGUACUGAUUUUUAUUUAUUUAUUUUUUAAAUUUGAGAUUGCCUUAUAAGGCAAAAUGGAGGGGGUUACAUGUCAAACUUUUUUAAAGCAAAAUUUAAACAGUCUUUUAAAAAGACUACUCUAAAGAGUAACUAUUUUUUCUAUCAACCAAUUUUUGUUAUUCUUUAGUAUAUACUCUCCUUUUAAAAAUAUUUUAAUGUAGCUUAGGUUUACAGGUACUUUGUUAUCUAUGAGAGGAAAACAUACAUGACUCCUUGAGAAUGCUUUUGCUUAAAUGCUCAUUUACGUAUGUAGCAGUUUUUUAUAAACACAAAAGAAAGGAAACUAAAGGAAAAAUAGAAGGUUGCACUACUAGUACUAGGUAUGCUGCACAAAAUUAAUUACAGUGUUAAAUGUAUUUAUUUGAGAAUGGUACUUCUAAUAAGAGUAAACAAAAGGGAUUACUGAAUUUUCAUUAGGAUAAGACAUCAGUAUUCAUAAAUCUCAAACCGAGGCAAUUGUUGAAUGUAUUAUACAGCAUGUGGGAGCAAGAAAGCUUUUGUAAAUUGGAAGGCAGUUUAAUUUAUUUUCAUUUUAAAGCUUAAGGUUGCAAUCUCUAAUUGCCCCAUAUUCUUGAUGCUUUGCAAAGCAACAUGAACCCAGGAGGCAGUUGUAGCAAACUUUCUUUUGCUUGUAAAAGACAGAAAAGGAAGAUGCCCACUGCUCAGAAAUAAUAUGAGUACUGUUGCUUAUCUACCUUACAUUCUUUGCAACUCAUUCUGAUUGUUUUUGAGAAAGACUGCAUUCCUCCUUUUUCUCCUUGUCAUUCUGUUUUUCCAUAACCACACCUCAGUAUCUGUAGAGCAGAAGCAGCAGCCUGUCAUGUCUGACCAAGUACUAAGUUGUCUUCUGUAUACAAGUUUAAAACUACACUACCAACUGAACUCUUUUCUUCCAGCCUUGGUGUUUUUUUAAGAACUACAGAAAAUACCAAUUGAGCAGCAAGAAGAGGGAAAGACAGAUUUUUAGGAAGCUAAAAAUAAAAGGGUAGUAAAGUAGGAUUUAUCCUAAAAUAGUACACCAUGGAAUGAAAGAAAAGAAUGUUCUUUUGUUUAGGAACAUAUGAGCAUCUUGUGUUAGUAAAGGUUCACUGUACCUUAACGGGUUAAUUUUGUUCUCAAUCGCCAAAGGUGCUUUUUGACCAUGCUUGGAAUAUUUGCUCCUCUGUAGAGACUGAUCUUUAUUAAGAAAAACUGCAAAGGAUUAGGAAAGGGCAAAAGGAGAAGACCUAGUAUAACACAAAGUAUCACAACUAAUAAUGUUCUGGAAAGAUUGCAGAAUAUUAUUCAUAGCAGAAAUUAAACAAAAUGAAAUAUUUGAGGAGGAUGCAUAACUGAAAUAAUUUUUACAACAAAUAGUUCCCACAAAUUAAUUUACCUGAAGGGAUAGUUUAGGUUUGGUACAUGAGAUGUCAGAUGGAGGAAGGGUUUCUAUGAAAUGUUUGUAGCUGAUCUUGUCCUACUUACCUUAAUCAAAGCAAAAGUGUACAAUGUUGUGGUCACGAAGGAGGACAAGCCUAGAUAUAAAGGCAUUUCAAAGAAGAUAAUCUCUUCUGGGCCCAAGCCGAAUAAUAAAGAUGUCAAUAAAAGAAAUUGAAAGUGGAAAAAGGGAGAAUAAUUGUCCACUCUAUGAAGGAUAAUAAUGAAGGAUUAGAUGCUAUGGCAGAAUAUGUCUGGGUUGCUUUGCAAAUGCUAGUAUCUUGUGUGGGUCUGUGUUGGCACUAUCAAUAAGCAGAUUGCAGUCUUGUUAUGUAGAUAUUUAUAAAUACACAUACACAUAAAAAUACUCAUAUACAUACAUGCAGGUUGUUUUAGAAGCUGAUGUUGUUUUCUAAGUAAAAUAGCUCCAACUGUCAUGAGGGAAGGCAAGUUGUAACCUUGGAACAUUGGAUAGGAGAAAAAUAGGCUGUGAAAUACAUUGUUUUGCAUUUCAUCUACUUAAAUAUUGCACUAUACUGUUUUAAAUCAUGUAGGUCUCCAUAGUCUUUAAUGUCUAGAUUUAUUAUAGUUCAAGUAUUCCAGGAACCUGGUUAUUAAAGAGGAUAUGUUUAUGUAAGGACAGAAUGUGAUGACAUGCUGUGGCUUCUUGUGGCCCUAUACAAGAAUUAAUACUGGUGUGUAUCUUUACAUGGCUGAGAGAAACGAGUCAGUUCACGUGAUGUGAGCAGCCAUAGGUCUUCCUCAGCCACAUGUAGAUUUCUUUUCCUGCAUAAAGAUGUUGGGAUGAAUUAGCUGUAACUAAAUCACAAUCACAAUUAUUUCUGUAUCUGUGUUGAAGAAGUGCAUAGUUGCAGAAUAUCUUGUUGGCUCUCACACUGCAAAGCCUAAACUACAUCCACAUUUCCCCCAAGGAUGACCUGUGGCUGUCUGCACUUCACUUAAGAACUGAUUUUAAAAUACUUUAUAGCUGCUGUUGAAGCCUCAGCACAAUUACAAAACUAUUUAAAAAGCAAAAUAGUUUUUUAAAGAUUGCUUCAUGCUUUUAAUCUCCAUAGGUUACAGCAAUUGCUUCCGUUUACCUGCUUUAGACAUUUGCACUUAUUUGUUCUGUUUGAAGGAAUGUCUUUGUUUUUCUUUUGUUGUAGCUGUUUUGUUUUAGUUAAUUUCUUGUAGAACAUAAUGGUGUGCUGUCAACUUAAAUACUGACAGGUAAAUAGAAUUGUAUACUGUAGAUGUUUAGCUAUUUAUAAAUCUGACACUCUUCCUCUCCACUCCUGGGUGUGCUGCUAUAGAUAGUAGCAGAGUCUGCUUGCUGCUAUGAGAGAUGGAAAGAGCGAGCAUCAUAUGCACUGUAUGUAAAAUGGCAAAUAGAAUAAUGGCAUGUUCUCAAGUCAACUUGAUAUCAACCAUUGUUGUGCGGGGACUAACACAAUAGAAAGAAAGUUGAUGCCACAUAACACCAAGAACUCUAAAAAUGAUUUUACUUUAAUGUUGUGUGUGGUAUGUAAAGCAAUCUAUGGUGAAGGAAUACUUUUAAAAUGCGAGCCCCCAUUCCAUAGUUAUUUAUUUAUUAUUCUAACUAAAUAUUUAUAUAUAUAUAGAAUGUUAAUGUAGCUGCCUUUAAUAAGCCAGAUUUUAAAUGGUUAGCAUUUUUCAGUAUAACUCUAGAAAGAGAAAGUUUCUUUAGAAGAUUCUCAGCCUGACGAACAAAGGAGUUAAAUGACUAGAUGUGCCUAGAAUAGGAAGGCUGUCAUCCAGAGGACUGUGCAUCUAACAAUACUCACCUUGGCUUUUGACUUCUUAUAUUUUGAGUUUCAGCCCAUCUCCAAGCCUUAUGGCAAAAGUCUUCCAAUCCUUAAUGUCAGUUUAUAGAAUAUGGGUAUGUGCCAGCUGUCCUGAAUAUACAGUCACGUAGCUGCAUUUAAAUGGGCUUUUUGAAUUGUGACUAGUAUGCCAAGAUCCAAAGAAGUAUUGUAUGCAUCAGCACUGCCUGGAUUUCCUCCUCCUUGUGGUGUCCUGUGUUUGUGCUGGAUGCUACUCUUGAAAGUCUGGGAUGCAGUGAGAGGGAUGUAAUUUCUGCAGUACACUGACUGCAGCUCUUUAGAUCCCACUCCCAUCUUUUAUAGAUAAAAAAUCUGCUUUUCAAGAGACAGGUAAAUUAUUCAAUAUAAUUAUUUUAAUGGUACCAAAGCCACCAGUGCCAAGGUUUAAUAUAGGUCUCUGGUAAGUAAUACAAACUGGAGUUUGUAUUGGUUAAAUCUUUCAGUUAAUUGCUUUGUGUUUUAGUAAAAAAGAAAAAAAAGGUUUUAAACCUUUGACGUGUUAGACAUUUUUGAUACUUUUUUUUUGUCUUAAGUGCAUUUGAAUUUUUUAUGUUUGUAAGUAGAAUAUACCUGCAGCAGAAAAUAUGCAUGUUGGGAAAUGAUGGCAUCUGUUAAUAGUUAUGUUUGUUUUACAGUUUGACUUUUAAUUGUAAGGUGAAUAUUUGUUGUGUUUUUAAUUUUUUUGCUUUACUACAAAUUUUGUUUCACUUAAAUGGAUAUUGCAUACAAUGCAGAUGCAC